UUGGAUCUAUGCCGAGGGCGAGGGUCUAAGAAUGGCGACCGUCUGUUUGGAUCUUCUUUCACUCUGGCUAGUCAGGUACUUGCUUCUUGGAGAAACGAUUAUUGCAGUGAUACAGCCGGCGCAACCCUUUUUUUCAUCUUGACGAUCUGCCUCAAUAGAUGGACACCCGCUAUGCGAACUGUGACAGCAACAUGCUACCCAGCAUAACAAAGAGCACAGCCAAAAAUGAAGCAAUACUCAAUGAAGGGAAGUUCCGAGACGUACGAGAGCCUAGCGGAGAUCUUCGCUUCAAGACCUUCUCGCCAGAUCUAUAAAAGCAAGACAUGCUAUGCUCCUUUCCCCCAGAGAAAGCACCGUUUAUCCUGCAAUUGAAACACCAUAAACACAUCACAAGCAUUCCGACCUCAAAAUGGCAACCCCACUCAAGAUCCUCUCCCCCGACGACAACGUGGUCAAAUGGUUCGAAGAAGAGAGCAUUCGGUAUGCCUACUUCCACACCCCCGUCGCCGAACUGUACUGGCUGGUGAGCACUAACCGCCACACGAUCAUGCCCGUCAAGUUCCUCAUCCCCGAAGAGACCAUGGACCAAGCCUGCGAGGUCCUCACUCGUCACGGGCUGGUCCCAUGCCCGUACGGCGUCGACUGUCAGCUGACACGCUCGUUAGCCCAGAUCCCCAGCACCAUGGAGCAUUACCACGCGGCUCUGCCCGCCGACGCCGGCGCUCACGGCCAGCCGCACCCCGACGCGAUGGAGGUGGAUGAAACGCAGCCCACCCAGCCCCAACCACAGGACCCGGACGCGAUGGACCUCGACGAGGACAUCCCCGCCUUUCCGCCGGCAAGCAGUGCGGGCGCUCCCAGCGCAGCCUGCGGCCUGACGAUCCUGCUCUACCCGCAGGAGGACCUGUUCUGGUUCUUCCCCGCGCCGCCGCGCCGCACGGAGCUCGACAACAGCCACUGCUACAUCGAAUCGCGCGAGCCGAUCAUCUGCGGGCUCUGGACCUGCGCCGUGGUCACCUACACGCAGCGGACGUGGGCGGAGACGGUGGUCAUCAACCUGAGCCGCGACCUGGCGACGCGCGCCGGCGUGCCGCAGGCCUACUGGCACGCGGAGCUGAAGCACAUCGCCAUGUUCUGGUACAACGACCACCCGGCCGUCUACCAGACCGAGCCCCCGACGGUCGACCUGCACCCGCGCAACAUGGUCAAGCCCUACACCACCAUCCUGGGCCUGUUCCGCGAGGCUCUGUGGUUCCACGACCGCGACGGGUUCUCGGACGCGGUCCAGGCGGAGCUUCGCGCGAUGUUCGACGCGCUCGACCUGAUGGGUCUGUUCCCGCCGGGCCCGGGGCGGAAUGUCGAUCCGUGCAUCGACCACACCUUCACGGGCCAUGGCCCGGUGCCGGCGUAUUUGGAGGGGUCGGUGGCGGGCAUUCGCCGCGACUUUCGGCAGCGGCAGGAUGGUUCGGCCUGAGCGCCGUUGCCUUGGUUUUUUACUUUACUGGCAAUAUAACAAACUGGACCCAUAGGUCCAUAGAUCUGUGCCUCUAUCCAUUUCAACCAUACAAAUACAA